AUGGAGCCCUUCUCCAUGGUACGUCUGCUACUGUGUCUCUCCUGGUUCACCUCCACGUGUGUUGCAUCCGGGAAAGAUACUCCAAUGGCAGUUGCUUUUAGUUGUGGAAGACCUUCACUUUUUCUAACUGAGGAAGGAUGGAUCCAAGACUCCAAUCAACACUGCUUGCAUGCGGAGACGAAUAUCUUAGAGUAUUGUCAGACGAUAUAUCCUGAUAAGGGCAUCGUCCGUGCAAUGUUCUCUCCCGUCAUCGAAGUGAAUCUUGAGGGAUGGUGCCCAAUAGGCUUGUCGGUUGGCUGCUCGAGAGCCAGGCGAGAAAACUAUUCCAUUCAACCAUGGGUCUGUUCUGCUCAAACGCAACGUAUUCUCCUUUCCAGGAUUCCUCCCUCCUGUCGCUUGCUAAAACUGGAAACAACAGCCGCUUCUGUAUGUCAGAAGGAGUCUUAUUGGUCGGACCUUGCAAGUGUUCAUUGUCAAAAGAUUCAUAGACUGCAAUACACCAAACCUUGUAUAAAACCCGAUGUUUACACACAUUUGCACUUUCUUGGCGCGGAUCUUGUGUGCUGCGAACCUGAAACACCUGAUGAAUCUGCCUCUCCAGAAUUGAGAACUCUCGACACUCUAAAUUCUAUUGUAGUCGCGGACGCGCCGGCGUAUCACCGAUACUUAAGCAUCCUGCCAAAUGAAGUGGAUAAACUGUCAGAGCGAAACCAGUUCAUCGCUGCCAAGGCGGCACUAAACGAGUCGGUACGCAAGAAAAGAAAGCUUUUGGAACGGCGUCUGAUCGAAGCCCAAUCUAAUUUGUCCCAUGAUGAGUGGCUUGCCACGCCGGAACUGACGCAGGCCUCAGAGAGCGCCGCACACAAGGAGUUUCGACAACAGUUCGUCAAAUUACUGGCAGAGGCUGAAGUUUUGGGACAUCGCCUAGAUGCAGUUCAUCAGCGAAGAGUGUUGAAGUUGAUGAAGACUCAUGAAACGGAAGCUGCUUUAGCAUGGAAUACUGCUAUCAACAGCUACCCUCCGAAUUUAACGCAAAUCCAACAUUCCGCGGAACACCUUGUAAGCGUCAUACAGCGCAAUCGGCAUCACCUCAUCAAACGAUUCGAACAUCUCCGGUCAGUCAGCCCUAUGGCCAGCGGGGUUGCGCUGCAAGAGUUGAAACGUAACUUGGCCGAUCUGAACCACACAAUGGAAAGUAACCUAGAGAAGUUGGAGUUGGUUCCAACCUACAAAUUCGCCGUUCUGGAGUUUGUGACAAAUCUGCUGAACACAAAAUACUCCGAAUUGAACGCAUUUGCACGUUCCAUCUCUUCUCUCAAUGAAACUGGCAAUUUUACCCCUUCCCAAAAGGAAUACGUUCUUCAGGCUGAACGGAUCAUCGAAAAAUAUCGUCAUCACCUACCCGCACUGGAUCUUGAAAACCCCACCCGAGUGGUUAAGAAGAUUGCAAAAGUUACAGACGGCGCUAACGAGCCCAUCGAUGGCCGUGAAGCUCGACAUCGACCGAUUACAUUGGAAGUACAGACGAUUGAUGGCCGAUCGUUGGUCUCAGAGAGUCGCGGAAACUUAUCUACCUCCGCAACAUCGACGAAGACAAAUGCAAACUCUACGCGUUAUAUGUCACACCGACCAACUGGAUCCGCUUCAUCCAGCUCUGUCGUGGCUAUCGUAUUGAGUUUGUUACUUUGCGUGGGAAUUGCGAUAUUUGCUGUUUACGCCUGUCAUUUCCGUCUUCGACGUAUGCGCCUCCGACGAGCGGGUUAUUCGCCGACUGUCAUUGAAGUUCCAGAAGUUUACAAUGAUCGUUCACUACUUCGUACUCGUUCGGUUGUUGGAUCAAUUAGUGAUGAUCCGGAAUUACUUUCACAUUGGCAGCUAAAUGGAUACGAAAACCCAGCUUACAAAUUCCCGAAUAACAUUGUUCGUUUUCCGCACCCCUCAUGAGCGUAGUUACCCCCUUUCCUGCUUUUCGCAUUUAGAACCCAGCUGCGCAUUUCUUUCAAUCUUAAUCACUUUCAUGUGCAAUCCGUUUUGCCUUCCAACGAUCGCCUUCCCUAUACCUCAUAACAAUUGUGAGUGGCGUCUUUUAUGCACUCACUAAUUUUAUAUUCUGUCCAUUUUUACGGCCCUAUGAAUAGUAUUUCUGCGUUCAUGGCAUUCAACCUAACCAUUUUUAUAUCCGCUGCAUAAUGCUAGUGCUUUCCAAGACUAGUUCAACGAUUUCUUGCACGCUGAAAUACACUGCUCGUUACUUUCGAAGUUUUGAAUCUUCUGUGCCCUCUUUUAUCUGGCAACUUGGGCGCACUAUUUAGUUCGGCUUCUAAUCUUUAUG